AUUCAUAUAAUACUAUAAAAAUUUUAUACAUUAAAAUUUUGAAAUUUUCAAAAUUUUAAUAUAUAAAAUUUCGAAAUUUUUUCAAUUUUUUCAAAAUUUUAAAUAUUAUUAAUUUUUAAAUAUAUUCUUUAAUCUUUAAAUAAUUUAAAUAUAUUCUUUAUUUUUUGAAAUUUUCGAAAUUUUAAUAUAUAAAAUUUCGAAAUUUUUUUAAUUUUUCCAAAAGUAAUAUAAUAUUUUAAUAUCAAAAAAAUAUAUAUUAAAAUGUCGAGGGAGAUCGGUAGACGGUCCGUGGAUAUGGGCGACGUCAACCGAAGAUUGAGUAAAGGCAAAGCUAAAGCCACCUCCGACGGUUCGACCUCACGCGGACACGGUUCUCGAGGAAGACACUCCGUCUCUUCGUUUCCUACUGUCCCAGAUCAUUUAAUCGGGGACGCUAUGACGGAUGAAGAAUUCAACCAGAUUUAUUCUGGUAGAGGAGCCGCGAAUCUCCCCACUCUUAAUAGUCUAUUCGAGGAUGUUGAUGAAGCAGGACUGGAUAAUCUUGACGGGGACGAUGAGCCUACACCGCAAAGCAACGACGUCGACGUGGAGGCAGGUGAGCCCGAGACCUCUCGAGGUCCGGACAAAGGUAAAAAAAAUAUAAAUCAGAAUUAUUUGUUUAUCAUUUUGACAAAGACACAAAAGAUGGCAUAGUUUAUGGAACUUGUAAACAUUGCGGGACCGUCAUAAAAAUGGGAGUUUCCGGCGGUUAUGGCGGUCCGGAAAAACACCUAAGGUCGAGGCAUCCCGUGGAGUACGCCAAAUACGAGGCCAAAAAAAAGGGACGACAAGAAGUGNAACCCUCAAGCACGAGGGUGUGCCAUGCGAUUACGAUGACGAUGAUGUCGAUUUUGACGUGCUCGGAUGGUGGAAGCGGAACGAACACAUGUUCCCAUGUCUCGGCAUGCUAGCAAGACAAGUGUUGUCCGUCCCAGUAUCAACCGUAGCAGUUGAACGAGAAUUCAGUGCUGGCGGCAACAUUCUAACCGACUACCGAAGUUGUCUUAACGCUGAAUCUCUUGAAACAUUGGUUUGCAACCAAGAUUGGCUCUUAGCAAGACGUCGGUACAUAGCAAGUUCUAGAAGAAUAAGUUAUAAAUUUUUUUAUGUUAA